UGCCAGCCGCGACCUGGACGCUGCAGGCCUGUGCUCGCCGCUCCUCCGGUCUCCCGUGCUCCGCCGUGACCGCGGCCGGGAGAUGAGCUUCCUGAGCCGCCAGCAGCCGCCGCCCACCCGCCGCGCCGCGGCCGCCUGCAGCCUGCGGCAGAAGCUCAUCUUCUCCCCGGGCAGCGACUGCGAGGAGGAAGAGGAGGAGGAGGAGGAAGGCAGCGGCCACAGCACCGGGGAGGACUCGGCCUUCCAGGAGCCCGAUUCGCCGCUGCCCUCUGCGCGUAGCCCCGCCGAGGCCGAGGCCGAGCGCCGCCGCUCGCCCGGCGCGGAGCCCAGCAGCCCCGGAGAUCUGGAGGACGACCUGCUGCUGCGGGGAGGCGGGGGCGGCGGCGGGGGCGGCAGGGGCGCCGAAGCGGCGGGCGGAGGCGCCGAGGGUGACUCUUGGGAGGAGGAGGGGUUCGGCUCGUCGUCGCCCGUCAAGUCACCCGCCACCGCCUACUUUCUGGGCAGCUCGUUCUCGCCGGUGCGCUGCGGCGGCCCGGGGGAUACGUCCCCGCGGGGUUGCGGGGCUCCGGGGGCCAUGGAGGGUCCCUGCUCGCCGCAGCCCGACUACCCGAGCACCCCGCCGCACAAGACCUUCCGCAAACUACGGCUGUUCGACACGCCGCACACGCCGAAGAGUCUGCUUUCCAAAGCUCGAGUGAUUGAUUCCAGCUCUGUUAAGCUCCGGGGUUGUUCUCUAUUCAUGGACACAGAAAAAUCAGGGAAAAGAGAAUUCGACUCGCGGCAAACUCCUCAAGUGAAUAUUAACCCCUUUACUCCGGAUCCUGUGUUGCUUCAUUCCUCGGGACGCUGUCGGGGGAGAAAGAGAGCCUAUUUUAAUGAUUCCUCUGAAGACAUGGAAGCUAGUGAUUAUGAGCUUGAAGAUGAAACAAGACCUGCUAAAAGAAUUACAAUUACUGAAAGCAAUAUGAAGUCACGGUAUACAACUGAAUUUCAUGAGCUGGAAAAAAUUGGUUCUGGAGAAUUUGGUUCUGUGUUUAAAUGUGUGAAGAGGCUAGAUGGCUGCAUCUAUGCCAUUAAACGGUCAAAAAAGCCGUUGGCUGGCUCCGUCGACGAGCAGAAUGCUUUGAGAGAAGUAUACGCUCAUGCUGUACUCGGACAGCAUUCCCACGUAGUGCGCUAUUUCUCUGCCUGGGCAGAAGAUGACCAUAUGCUUAUACAGAAUGAAUAUUGUAAUGGUGGGAGUUUAGCUGAUGCCAUAAGUGAGAACUACAGAAUCAUGAGCUACUUCACUGAAGGAGAGCUGAAGGACCUCCUCUUGCAAGUUGGCCGGGGCUUGAGAUACAUACAUUCAAUGUCUUUGGUUCACAUGGAUAUAAAACCUAGUAAUAUUUUCAUAUCUCGAACCUCAAUCCCAAAUGCUGUCUCUGAGGAAGGAGAUGAGGAUGACUGGAUAUCCAAUAAAGUCAUAUUUAAAAUAGGUGAUCUUGGGCAUGUGACAAGAAUCUCUAGUCCACAAGUUGAAGAAGGUGAUAGUCGUUUUCUAGCAAAUGAAGUUUUACAAGAGAACUACAGCCACCUACCGAAAGCAGAUAUUUUUGCUCUUGCUCUCACAGUUGUAUGUGCUGCUGGUGCUGAACCCCUUCCCAGAAAUGGAGACCAGUGGCAUGAAAUCCGGCAGGGCCGCUUACCUCGGAUGCCACAAGUGCUUUCCCAGGAGUUGACAGAGUUGCUAAAAGUGAUGAUUCAUCCUGAUCCAGAGAGAAGGCCUUCAGCGAUGGUGCUGGUGAAACAUUCAGUGUUGCUAUCUGCAUCUAGAAAGAGCGCAGAGCAGUUACGAAUAGAAUUGAAUGCUGAAAAAUUCAAAAAUUCUCUUUUGCAGAAAGAACUAAAGAAAGCCCAGAUGGCAGCCAAAGUCGCAGCUGAGGAACGGGCCCUCUUCACAGAACGGAUGGCCACUAGGUCUACCACUCAGAGUAAUAGAACUUCUCGACUUAUUGGAAAGAAAAUGAACCGCUCUGUCAGCCUUACUAUAUACUGAACUGUUCACGUUCCCUAUCCCCACCCUCCUCAAAAGAAGCAAAACAAGACAAAAAAAAAAAACUGUGACAAGAGGAAGCUAGGUUGAAAUUACUGCUAGACUCCACUUUGCAAUUACUUUGUCCAUUGGUAUCAGUAGUUUUCCUAAAAUGCCUUUUAGGACUUUUGUGAAUUACAGUUGAGAGCUCUAUUCUGACUUGUCUGUGUCAGGCUUUUGUCUCACCUUCCCGUCUGUUUCAUGUAGGAUGUCAGUCACUUGGAUGCUCCACCAGCCUUUGCGGGCUCAGCCCUGUGGUGGUGUGCAGGGUGACGAAAGGUGUCCUCCUUUCUUAUGACCUCUAGAAAGGGCUCACGGGCUUAGCUACGAACAUCCUUUCCCUUCAAAAAGGGACUGCUCAGAGACUCAGCACUACUCACCCUCCAAUGUACCUGUGUCGAUCUACGUUUCUCU